AUGACGCACCUGCUUUCCCUUAUUUAUUAUGGGGUGGUAAGCACUCCUUGUACGGCACUCACCUGGCAUCCGAAGCAUUACUUUUUAAAUUUCGAAAUCGCUUUCUUCACAGCAUUUCCAACGCAAAGAAAUCUCAUCGCUCUGUACGAACGGUCCAACCAGUCCGGCAUGAUUAGAGGCAUAUCCGAAAUGGUGAACCUGCUGGCACCGAAAUCGCUCGUAAUUCUGGUGCAAAAUGAGACGAAAAUCGACCGUCUGGAUAAGCUGACGGUGAUGAUCCACCACCAUAACAUCCCGACCUGUGUCUACUACGAUCUGGAAGCGUACUUCAGCUUGAUUGAGGAAAAUCUUAAAAAAUCGCUCGAAAUCACUUCGCUCAUCUUCUGCCACCCGGAGGACAUGCUGCAGGACAUUACCGACAGGCGGUUGGCCCACCGGCUAAGCCUGUUCAUCUUUUACUGGGGUGCCGCCCAGCUUCCGGCCACCUUGAAUCCUAACCUGCUGAUGGAACCGUUCCGGGUGGCCAUUAUCACCAAUCCACGCCGCAACAUCUUUCGGAUAUUUUACAACCAGGCCAAACCGAAUAAUCGCGGGGACAUGCUGAGCGUUAACUGGUUCGAUGGCAACGAUAUGACGUUCAAGCGGGUUCCGCUGCUUCCAUCACCGACGGAAGUGUACAAAAACUUUCAAGGCCGCAUAUUUACCAUCCCGGUGAUACAUAAACCUCCGUGGCAUUUCAUUGUCUACGGAAAUGGCAGUGCCAGCGUGGGCGACAACCAGAACAGCUCCAGCAGCGAUGCAGCCGGGGGUUUCGAGCUGGAGCUGGACAAGAACGUGACGGUGGAAAGUGACGAUACCUAUUUCACGGUGAAAGGUGGCCGGGACCACAAUCUGAUGCAGCUGAUUGCCGAGCGGAUGAACUUUACCUUCCAGUACGUGGAGCCGCCGGAAAAGAUUCAGGGCAUAGCGCUUGGCUCCGAGGACAACGCUAGCUUUUCGGGAGCGCUAGGCAUGCUGCAGCGUCGCGAGGUGGAGCUGUACCUUGGCGACGUGGCAGUGACCUGGGAACGGAUGAAAGCGGUCGAAUUUUCCUUCUUCACACUGGCCGACUCGGCCGCCUUCGUGACACACGCACCGCGCAAGCUGAACGAAGCACUAGCCCUGGUGCGCCCGUUUCAGAUUACGGUUUGGCCACCGGUCAUCAUAACGAUUCUGAUUUCCGGCCCCAUCCUGUACAUUAUCAUUUCCACGCCCUACCGAUGGAGGUCUGCGCAGCGUGUGCACGACCGGAAUGCUCGCUGGCGGCCUACGAGAAGCCGCCUGCGCAAACCAGCGUUCUACAAUUUGCGCUACAUCGAGGAGAUGAGCUACACACGCUUCAGAGCGGAGCGGACCAGCUUGAUCAACAACCAUCAUCAAUCUCGCGGACAGGACUACCCCAGUCUGGAUCGAUGCAUUUGGUACACGAUCAACGUGUAUCUAAGACAAUCGGCAAAUAUUCCAUUCGAUGGUCAUCUGGCACGGUUUUUCUCCAUCUUGCUUUGGCUGUGCGCUACCUACGUGCUUGGCGAUGUGUACUCUGCCCAGUUGACCUCCCAAUUGGCUCGCCCGGCACGCGAAAGUCCAAUAAACACACUCGGCCGGCUGGAGAAUCGCAUGAAUCGGGAAGGAUAUCAGCUGCUGGUCGAGCGGCAGAGCGCAUUCCAUGCCGCGCUCGUUAACUCGACCGGCGUGCUGCAGCGGCUGUAUCGGCUGACACGGCAGCGGUCGGUCAACGAUUCCUUCCUGGUCAAAUCCGUCGAGGAAGGCAUUCGGGUGCUGCAGGCCGAUCCAAAGUAUGCCGUGUUCGGUGGACGCGAAACGCUCUACUUCAACACCAAACGGUACGGGGCCAAUCGGUUUCAGCUGAGCGAGAAGCUGUACACCCGCUAUUCGGCCGUGGCCGUCCAGAUUGGAUGCCCGUUUUUGGACAGUUUGAACGAGGUCAUCAUGCGCCUGUUCGAGGCUGGGAUCGUGGAGAAAAUCACCAUCGCCGAGUAUGAGCAGAUGUUCGGGCGCCAGAAAGGCGGCGUGUCGCACGCGGAAGAGACGGUGCGCACUGUAAAAUCUACCAACUCCGAAUGUGACACGGACGGUACCGGAAGCGGUAAGCGCAAGACGGACUCGAACGAUAAACUGCAGCCAAUGAAUUUGCGCAUGCUGCAGGGUGCAUUUCUGGUACUGGCCUGUGGCCACCUGCUGGGCGGUAAGUGUUACACCAUCGCGAUUUGA